UCAACGACCUCGGCACCUUUUAUAUUAAAAAAUCUAUAAUAAUAUGUCGUAUCGUAUUGAGUGAUCGCAAAACUUUACAUCAAAGAAUAGUGAUUUGCGUCAUUUAUAACAACUCGCACCCUCUACCUACAACUACAUGCAUCAGCUGAGGGCCGAAAUCUGCACACACAUUCAAUCACUGAUCCAGAUGAGCCAGCUGAGCACGAGCGAGCUACUCUCUGAACGCGUACUGGGCGUUUAAAUCCGUUGAAACAAUGAUAAUAGACUGGUUUGUUACGAAAUAGCGUUUGGAAGUUUAUAGUUAUGAGUUGUUUGCAUCCGCUGGAUAGAUGCAUGGACGCUGCGUGGUAGUUUGAGUGAUCGGACCGGUGUGUUUAACGGGUUCAGCCCGAUAUAUACAGGUCUGAAAUGAGGAACAUCACACGUCUCUUUGGGACGACCCGACCUGAAUGGGUCUCCUGUCUACAACUAUUGUUUUUGAUGCUCUUUUGGACCUAUUUAAAAGCAGAGCAGUUAAAAAACACUAGAUGGCCACUGUACUCUGGGAAGCCUUUGCUGUUGGCCUGGAACGCUCCUACUGAAGACUGUAGACCUCGACAUGAUGUCAAAUUCCAGUUGGAUCAGUUCCAAAUAGUGGCGUCACCAAAUGAGGGCUUCACCAAGCAAAAUCUCACCAUUUUCUAUCAUAACCGUUUGGGAAAGUACCCAUACUAUGAGGCAGACGGCACUCCAAUCUCCGGUGGCCUACCGCAGAACGCCAGUCUCACUGAACACCUAGAACGGAUGUCGGAGGGGCUCAAUAAGUAUAUCAAGGACCCGACAGCCAAAGGUCUCGCUGUGAUCGACUGGGAAGAGUGGCGGCCCCUCUGGAAACGUAACUGGGGCACUAAAGACAUUUACCGCGAGAGUUCAAAACAGUUAGUCACUAAGAAAAACCCAACUUGGUCUCCGGAUCAGGUGGCCAAAGUGGCCCAGCAAGAGUUUGAGCUCUCUGCGAGCAAGUUCAUGUUGGAGACUCUUCGAUUGGCCAAGAGCUUACGGCCCCAACAGCUUUGGGGGUUCUACCUUUUUCCUGACUGUUACAACCACAAUUACCAAAAUAACCAGAACUACACGGGACGCUGUCCGGAUGUGGAGGUCUCCAGGAACGACGAACUGAAGUGGCUGUGGACGGAGAGUACAGCUUUGUUUCCUUCCAUAUACAUGGGAAUACCGCUGAAGGACAAACUGUCCGGGCGGCAGUUCGUACGGAACCGCGUUAACGAAGGCAUGAGGUUGGCGUCUGUUGGGAACGGGUCAGCCAGACCUGUUUUUGUCUACACACGGCCCACUUACCUAAGCACCACCCCAACUUCUAACGGCAACUCUCCUGAACUCCUGCUGCUGACCGAGAUGGAUCUGGUGUCGACUAUUGGCGAGAGCGUGGCGUUGGGUGUAGCGGGCGUGAUCCUCUGGGGUGACUCCAACUAUGCUAGUAGUCAAGCGACUUGUUCUAAUCUUAAUGAAUACCUGCGAGGGCCGUUGGGUCGUUACCUUCUAAACGUGACGUCGGCCGCCGAGCAGUGCAGCCGAAACCUCUGUGGAUUCCGCGGUCGCUGCCUUCGCAAACACUCCAACACGGACACCUACCUGCAUCUCAGUCCAGACACACACAGCAUAGAGCGCCAAGGAAACACGCUUCAGGUUAUUGGCCGGAUGGGACCAGAAGAACUGAGGCGCUUACAGGACGAGUUCCACUGUCAGUGCUACAACGGGUACUUGGGCGACGACUGUGGCCAAAGUAAGACUGGGAACAGAGCGACGGCGGUCUGGACUACCUUUAUGCAAGUUCUGCUGUUACCGCUUUUCUUGAUGGGGUUCCUACACUGAGGAGUUCGAUAAAAACGAUUUGAGAACAAACGCCGGACCUUCUCUUCAAGGGAUGCGCGACGUUGGCGGCAGGAAGGCCCUUCGUUCGCUAGAAUCGAAAGAGGACACAAUUGGAGCAGUUGAAAACACACAAGCUAACUCUGUGGACUAAAUGUGCAGCACAGUGUGCUUCUGUUCGAGUAGGUCGCCCCCUGCUGCAUGGGAGGCUGAACUGUGGCAGGCGAAAGUAUGAUUGUUUAGCUAGAAAUUAUGUUUGUGCUUUUUCUUGUUUAAAUAAUUGAUGUGGUGGUUUUAGCCGUGUGGAGCCUUGCACAUAACAUGCAGGGGAAAAGUAUUUAUAUGGUGUCCACAAAUUAACAAUUAACUCACUAAUACAUCAGCAGGUUUUACUAAUUUGUUCCCUCAUUUGAAGUAAAUCAUGCGCACAAUAUAAGAAUAACUUUUCCCUUGUUUUUCUAAAUCGUGGCAAUGUUGUAAUUAUUUGUUCCCUUGUUUUAAUUUGAUCAAAAUUCGUUAAUAGAAAACGGAUUCUUAAUUUGUGGCCACUAUAUAUAUAUUUGUCUGCGUGUCCUGUGCUGGGUUCCCCAUAGCUGUCAUUUGAGACAUUUUACUACUUUGCCUUCUUUUUACCUGCACAAAACCAGUUGUGACCUUAUUUCUGUUGUGCGUCACAUGCCAGCUCCUUAAAAGGGACACAUGUUGCCACUUGCAACGCUGCUGCAUCCAUUAAAACCUCAUUCGGACUGAAUGUCAUGAAACCUGUUUUCUGUCUCACAUUUCACCACAAAAUUAAAAGAAACUACAUAAGGAAAAAUAAGGAAUAAGGAAAUAAUUUGCAUAAGGAAAAAUAAACCUGUUUUAGGAGAUUUUUACUUUUUUUUGCUCAAAAGUUGUGUAUUUUGCUCCCAGAAAUACUCGUUUAAUUCUCACUAUUCUCAAUUUGAUUCUCAUUAUAGUAAUGCAUUAGUUUUAUUACGGUAAAUAGAAAAUCAUGAUGGUUUUUUUUUAUUUACUUACAGGAUAAUAGGUUAAAGGCAAUACAACAAAUAAUUACAUAAGGUAUAAAAUCAUAAUUUAUUACAUGUUCUAUAAAUGAAUAAAUUUUGAUAAAUUCAUUGCAAUGAAAUCAUUGCAGUUAUGCGAAAGUGUUUAAUUAUCAAGACAACACUGUCACAAAAGAUCUUGGUCAUAAAAAUAGGUUUACUUUAUGCUAAAUAAAAGUUUUUAUCAUUUAUUUGGUUUUGAUUUUGGGGUGAAAUAUGACCUCGGGCAUGAUCUUAACAGGUUUUCUUAUUGCUGGAUAGUGAGGCAUUUUUGAAAAUCUUCUGCCAAAAAACAUUAAUGUAAAUGUCCAGCAUACUGUGGUUCACAGAAGCUUAGAUGCCUUUUAUUUUUUUUUCCUAAUAGUUUUUCCCUUGAACUAUUUUCAGACCGGAUUUCCCCCCUUAAUUGCUGAACUUAGCAUUUCUGUUCUAUAUUUGUGUGGGAUACAUUGGAAAGGUUUUAUUUGCGUAUGUUCAGCAUGAGUUUGUUUCAUCACAGCUAUUUUUUUUUUCUGUUGUAAGUGCCUUUUAAAGGCAUAGUUCAUCCCCGAAAAUUUAAAUUCUGACAUUUGUUCACCGUUAUGUUGAACCUCUUUGACUUGCUUUCUUGUCCAGAUAAGUAAAUAUUGACAGAGUUCAAAUUUUGGGGGUGAACAAUCCCUUUAAUUGUUUGUGUUAAUUGAAAGGAAUCUCACGGAAACGUUUUUAUUUUUCAUACCAAAAUUUGAUACCAAAUUCUGCUUGUGUCAUUCUGUUUGGUGACUGAGUCUAAGUGAAAUGUGUGUGUUUUAUAGUUUUUAAAUAAAUCUUAUAUUUAUAUGCUUGAA